AUGCUUCGGCACGAAAAGGUCGGUUUUUUUUCUGAGGCGAAAGUAGCUCGACCAGAACAAGACCCGAGUAAAGAGCCAAUAGACCAUCACAGACGGGGCCCUGAUGUUCAGCCGGGGUUGCGGGCAUUCCUGUGCGUGGCCCGGUGCAACCCCUUGGGUUUGGGCAGCACCACCGUUUGCGAGUCCGGACCCAACUUCUUACCUGGACUGGGCGCGACAGUCUGUGAAUCUGGACCUCUAGGGUUAGGUGGCCUCGGAUAUCUUGGCGGACUCGGAGGAUUAGGGGGUAUUGGCCUCGCAGGCUUAGGCCUCGGCGGAUUAGGCUCAGCCACAGUUUGCGAGUCUGUACCAGCUUACGGCUGGGGUGGACUCGGAUUGGGCGGACUUGGGCUUGGAGGAAUCGGCCUUGGUGGCUUAGGAGCAACCACUGUCUGCGAAUCUGCCCCUAACCUAGGAUAUGGCGGCCUUGGGUAUGGGCUUGGUCCUUUAGGCGGUGCAACUGUGUGCGAAUCUGUCGGACCUGGCUACGGUUUGGGGGGAAUUGGCUUAGGCGGUUUAGGGCCUUACGGUCUUGGCCUCGGUGGCUUAGGGGGUCUCGGACUUGGCGGCCUAGGCACAACUGUCUGUGAAUCAAUCCCUAAUGUUGGUCUCGGAGGUUUGGGAUACUUAGGCGGUUUAGGAGGUCUGGGGCUAGGAGGCGCUACGACCGUUUGUGAGUCCGCACCAAACCUAGGUUGGGGUCUUGGCGGACUUGGGCUCGGUGGACUUGGUCCUCUUGGCCUUGGAGGCCUUGGCUUAGGAGGUUUAGGCAGUGCUACGGUCUGUGAAUCUGUGCCUAACUAUGGCGGAUGGGGUCUUGCUGGAUUAGGAUAUGGGGGUUUGGGAGGAGUAGGCGCCUUGCCUCUGGGACUUGGCCUCGGAGGCCUUGGUGGUUACCCCCUAGGCUUAGGUCUUGGCGGUUUAGCGGGAAUCGGGGGCGCAACCACAGUUUGCGAGUCCAGUCCUAAUUUGGGCCUAGGCCUUGGUUUAGGUUACCCCGGACUUGGGGUACUUGGCCGCCCUUUUUUAUAA